CGGUUGUUUUCCAUCUUGAGCCGGGGGGACGGGAGGACGUCGGCCGAGGGAGGGGGGGGCCCUCGGCCCGCUGAGGGGGCUCCGGGACGAGCUGCCCAACUCCCGGGGGCCGCCGCCUGCUCCCGCCGGGCCGCGGUGCGGGGCACCGGCGGGGCCCGGGACAGGCUCCCGGGGAGGUGCCGUCCCGCAGCGGCAGCGGGUCGGUGUUCGCUGCCUCGGUGGUUGCCCGCAGCCUGGCACGGGCAGGGCUGGGGCCGCUCUUGCUGUGGGCACGGUUCGUUUUCUUCCCUUUCAGACGACUUCAGGCUCAGAAGGGGGAACCGGAGCCCCCGGAGAGAGGCCUGGCCUCAAGUCUGGGCAGUAGCUGCAGUCAAAAGUUUCUGGUUGAAAUUCCUGAGGCUGCGGGUUUCUUCCAUGCACCAGCAGCGCCCAGAGCGCGGGCGGUGUGAGCCUCGGGGCUGGCAUCGCUGUGGUCGGAUGUUAUUGUGUCACUUCGGGUUUUAGGAGACGUAGCUGCAGGCAUGUCUUAGGGUUUUUUUGUCUCUGAGAAUCUGCUUGUUGAAGGCUUAAACUUCCAAACCCCGGCCUGCUUUAAUGGUGUUUGCGUAGGUUUGUUGGGACACUGCUGUCGUUUGACCGUUGCGGUGGGAGAAGGAUAAUUUCUCCCCAUGAAGCGUUGAAGCCUGCCUUGAACCCCAUUUAUAAACUAGGGAAUGUAAAAAGAAAAAUAACUUUAGCGUCUUUCAGAACUAGGCAGAAGUUUUAUUUAAGGGGUGCGUUUGGAGGUGUUUAGGCUUGUUGCUUUGGCAUGGAGUGCUGAUGGCCACCGCUCUCUGCUGCUGCAGCUGGCUGGAAGGAGCUUGCUCUCCUUGGCCUCUGCCUGGGAGCUGCUCGCUCUCGGUGACACGGUGACGCAGAUGUGUGCAGGUACAGGAGUGCCCCUACACGGAGUAAGGGAUGAUCCGACUGCCCGCGGCCGGCGUGAGCGGAUCUCUGGGGUUUCCUCCCCGUAGCCCUGUCAGCAGUACUCGACUUGUGAGGAUAUGGGUCUGCUUGCUGUCUAGUGUGUGGACAUCUGUAGAAACAGAUUUACAAGGCUUGAGGGUGUCUUGUUUCCUUGUUCUUACUGUUGUGUGUGUGUUUAUUUUAGUUUUGCCUGGCCAGGCUAUGCAUCGGAGCACAUAAAUGUUCAGGAGGAACAGUAUGGGUGAGUCCAGCUGAGACUCGUGUCUGCUGUUGAGGAUGUUCAGGAUAGGUCUUGGUUCUCCUUCUGAGUAAGAUUUCUUUGGCUAUCAGAGUGUUUUCUUACUGCUUGCCAGGAGGAAACCUAAUCAGACAAGCAUCUAUCUUCCAGCAACUUGCAUAAUCUUUUGUGUGUAAAUUAUAAUAUUUUAGACCCGCAUGACUGCGCUUGGAAAACUGGAGAAAGGCAUAAGCUGGCCACUGUAGAGCUUCACUGCAGGAAUCUGGUGGUGUAGUACUUGCUCAUGCGUUUCUGUUUGAGAUCCUGGUUCUGUGGGCCAGGCGCGUCGCUGCGGGUGGCGGGGAUGCUUUCCUGGUGGGUGACCUCGGGGGCAGAGGCAGUGCUAGGUGACCUUGCACAGAGUCACCUCACUCAAAUGCCCUGAGCUCUCACAGGUGAAAAAAAUCAGUAUUUAGAGCUGCCCAAAGCAGCACAUGGAACUGUGACUCUAAAGCAGUGUCCUGUUACACUCCCACAUGUGAUGGGAAGGGGGUCUCUUCGCGCAGUUCCUCUCACCUGUCUUUUGGUCGGAACCUCAGGCGCGGUGGGUGCAGGAGAUGUCUGAGCCUCAACAGCAUCUUAGAGCCAUUGAUGAACCAGAAAUAGAACGAUCUCAUGCUAGAUUAUCCACUUAGAGAGACCUGCAGUUGCGUAGCUGCACUUCCAGCUUGCAGGACUGAUUGUAAAUCCACUAAAAAUAGAUCUUUAUUUAACACUAGUCUUACACAUGCUCCCUGUCAAAACGCUUUUAAUUUUCCUUUCUGACGCGCACUAUUGUGUUUUGUAUUCCUCCUGAUGUUUCUGAGAAUCAUAGGCAAAAAUGCUUUUCAGUGUUGCUGCUCCUACAGAGCUCAUACUAUACACAUUCCAUAAAAUAAGCCUUUAAAGAUUCAUUUGAACCAUAAGACUAUUCAACAAGUGCUAUCAGAACUAGAUGUCUAGUAAAUUAAUUGGGGGAGUGAUGUAAACUUCCACAAUUAGGGACACAGGAACCCUUGACUUUCAGUAUUAUAAAUAGUGGAGGGCCCAAAAAAAAAAAAUCUUUUUUAGGGGUAAGGAAGAGCUAAUGUUGUUUAAUUUGAGCUCCUGGUGGAAGGGUGACGUGGCACCGGCAGUGUCAGGUCGGAGGGGGAUGGAGGGCCAGUGCUGGGGACUGGGCUGUGGUGGCUAAAGCUGCAGGAUCUGCUCUCCCCCAGUUCUUCCAUUAAGCAAUCUGUACACUUAAUAUAGCUGUUGAUUGGAAAUUGUUCCCCUGAGCGUAGAUUCUUUUAUCUUUAUGUAAAUGCUCGUUCAUGCUCAGUUUUAGGCUGUGUAUUUUGCUUGCUUUGCCUGUCACUUGAGAGAGGUUUUAUAAGCUGUGAAGAAUUUACUUAUUUUUCAGAACAGGCAUGUUGUUCCAUUUUGUGGCUCUCUCACUUGGCUCAGGAGUGAUGUGUUUCCCCUUGUCAGCCGUCUGCUCCCUUUGAGUGACGGGGGGUGACAGUGCAUGAGGAGGGCUUGGCAAUGUUGUAACCUGUGGAGGGGUUUUGAUUAGUGGAGGAAAAAGUGUGAUGGAGCUAUUUUGACUCCGAAUUAAAAUUGUUUACCCUCUCUGAAUACGACUUCUCACUUUCUUUGAUCUUUUCUUUAAACCCUUUGUGUUUUCAUUGUCUUUUAUCUCAGGUUACAUAGUUCUCAAAUUUCUGUCCCCUACCAGGUUAACACCACUGAUGCUUAUGAUCUUCAAGCAUCUGAAAAAUACAUGUUGAAUGGAUAUGAUUUAAGAAAUUCCUUUCAUAACAAAAUAUAGCUGAAGUGCAGAACCACAGUGACGUGUUGGGUUUCUCUUUUCUUGGGGAGGUUGGAGAUGGUGUGGAGAUACAAAUGGUGCCCUGCACAAUGUAGGGGUUUUUGUUUGGGUGUUUUUUGUUUGAUUUUUUUUUUUUUUUUUUUUUUUUUUGCCAAUGUCCUGUUCAUGCAACUCCAGAAGGCAGACUGCAGGCUUUGUGCCUUGCCACAGUGCUGCAGUGGCUCUGGUCUGGAUGUAGCUGAUAUAAAUAGGGCAUUUGGGUUCCUCCACUGGCUUCGCACACAAGUCAAACUGAAAGGCAGCAUCGUGUUGCUGGUUCCUCUAAAGCAUGGUGACAAAUGAAAUCAGGAUUGUGCAUCAUCGUGGCCAUGACAUUAGGGGAAUUUAGCCCACGGUCAUGAUCAAGAAGUUCCCAGGUGAACACCCAUUGCUGCUUUUCUUGGAUGUUUCCAGCCAUGCUCUGGGCCUGUAUCGCAGCCUUUUUGCUCGGACUUUCGCAUUCCGCGCGCGGCGCUGCCCGCUUCACGGAGGGCGCAGGAGGCGGCGCGUGUUCGGGGGCUGUCGGGGACUCCGCUCCCAAAGAAACGCCGUGGCUUAAAUCUACUGCAGCUUAUUUUUGUUCACUGUUUCCUGUUUAUGUGGGUAAUCUUCUUAUCCGCAGAAAUGUCCAGUCCCCUUUUUGAAGCCUUGAGUUCUUGCUUGUAGACAUUUUGGAGCAGUAAGUUCCACAGACAGAAAAACAAAAUAAAAAUGCAAUAGCCUCUUUAGUUCUUCGCACGUAAGUGGCAAUUCUAUUCUUAAUAUAAUAUAUGAAAGGAUGAGUUGUUAUUUAUUGUACUGCCUUUUUAAUACCUGGUUUUACUGAUUUUCUUUCAAAGGCAAGCAGUCCAAAUCUUUUUAGUGUCUCAAGCCAUAAUUUUUUUUCCACAUCCUUUGCUGUUACUGUUGUCCUUUUCUGAAUUCUGUCCUUCUCUGACAAGAAUUCUGACUCUUACCCGUGGUACCCUUCUUGAGAUGGAGCGAAGAUGAAAUGAAUGCAGUAAUCCAAGGAAGGUGCUGGAAAAUUACUCUGAUGCUCCUAUGACCCCAAAACAGAUUCUGCAGGUCAUAGAGGCUGAAGGACUAAAGGAAAUGAGUGGCACUUCUCCCCUAGCCUGCCUCAACGCCAUGCUCCAUUCCAAUUCAAGGGGAGGUGACGGGCUCUUCUACAAAUUGCCUGGACGCAUCAGCCUUUUCACACUCAAGAAGGAUGCCUUGCAGUGGUCUCGGAAUCUGUCUGUGCCAGAAGGGGAGGAGCUGGAGGAUACAGCGGAUGCAGAGAGUUGCGAGUCCAAUGAAGCAAGCACUGUGAGUGGUGAUAAUGAUGUGUCUCUUGAUGAAACCUCCUCUAAUGCCUCGUGUUCCACGGAAUCUCAGAGCAAGGGACCCGCUGCUACCCGGGAGAGCUGCAGAACCGCCUCCCAGACAACCAAACAAAAGAAAAAGACUGGUGUAAUGCUGCCACGUGUUGUCUUAACACCACUGAAAGUAAAUGGGGCACACAUGGAGUCUGCCUCUGGCUUCACAGGAAGGCAUGCCGAUGGGGAGAGCAGUAGCACAUCCAGCAGCAGCAGCAGCUCUAUGGCCCUGUGCAAAGCCACCUUGCGUAGCAGAACAGAAAUAAACAGGGAUCCUCCGCAGCUUCUGCGAGGCAUCCGAAAGCCCACAGCUGGGCAAAUGAAACGAAACAGGGGUGAGGAUAUUGACUUUGAAACACCCGGUUCCAUUCUGGUCAAUACAAACCUGCGAGCUCUGAUAAACUCCAGAACCUUUAACGCGCUCCCGUCGCACUUCCAGCAGCAGCUUCUUUACCUCCUUCCAGAAGUUGACAGACAGGUUGGGGCCGACGGGCUGAUGCGCCUCAGUGGCAGUGCUCUGAAUAACGAAUUCUUCACCCACGCCGCGCAGAGCUGGAGGGAGCGGCUGGCUGAUGGUGAAUUCACUCAUGAGAUGCAAGUUCGAAUUCGGCAGGAGAUGGAAAAGGAAAAGAGAGUGGAGCAAUGGAAAGAAAAGUUCUUUGAGGACUACUAUGGACAAAAGUUGGGCUUGACCCAAGAAGAAUCCCAGGAGCAGAAUUCGGUGCAAGAAGAUGCUGAGAACAGGACGGGACUCUCUGCUAAAGGAGAAGCGAGGCUGCCGCGCGGUCCUUCUACACGGCAGAGAGACGGGCACUUCAAAAAACGCUCCCGGGCCGACCUGCGGUGCAGAGCCAGGAGGAGCCUGUACAAACUGCGUGAACCUGAGCAGACAGAAGCUGCCAAAGAGACUGCUGCUGUGGGAGCAGAUUCCUCUCUUCGUAAAGAGACAAAGCCCGAGGCGGACCUGAAGAAAGACGACCCGACCAGCCCGUCGGCUGCGGGACUGAAGCCAGAGAGUUCAGAACUGCACCUCUCUCCAGAGACUUCCAAGCUGCACAGUAAAUCGGAAGAUCUGUCGCUGGCAGCUGCGGACAGAAUUCCCGCUUUGCCCCAGGAGAACUCUGCUCGGGACUCCAAGGACCAGAAGAGGAAAUGCUUUGAGGAGGCUGCCUCUGCGUCCUUCCCCGAAAAGAAGCCCCGGCUUGAAGAUCGUCAGUCCUUUCGUAACACAAUUGAAAGUGUUCACCCAGAAAAGCCACAGCCUACUAAAGAGGAGCCAAAAGUCCCACCCAUCCGGAUUCAACUUUCACGUAUUAAACCACCCUGGGUGGUUAAAGGUCAGCCCGCUUACCAGAUAUGCCCCAGGAUCAUCCCCAGCACGGAGCCCUCCAGCCGGGGCAGGACUGGGGCCAGAACACUCGCAGACAUUAAGGCCCGUGCUCUGCAAGCCCGAGCCCAGCGAGAAGCUGCUACAGCCGCCAUCGGAGGUGGGGGUGGCCCGGGUGGAGGGAGAAGCCCUGACGAAGGAGGUGGUGGAGGAGCAGCCAGCAGCCACGCAGAGCACAGGAGAUCAAAGAGAACUCACGGAAAGCGUUCGUCAGAUCUACAACGAACACAAUUACUGUCGUCUCUCCAUCUGAACGGAGCAAGGGCUGACCCUGAGGUGGCUGCUCAGGAGGCUAACGCGAAUUCCUUCCUCUCUCCGAGACAAGACCCCUUUUCUUUAAAGCGUGAGGGAAGCGGUGAUCUGGAAGGCGCUGCAGGCAGUAGCUCAGGGGAGGCUCAGCCCGGUGAUGGUUUGGCUAGAAGGCAAUCCUGUGAUGCUUUGACUGGGUCGUCCUUAGGCAGUGCAACCUCCGAGAGGCAGGAGGAGAGCCCGGAGCAGCUCCUCCGUGACCCAAGGACCGAAACCCCAUCUUGUGUUGCAUCACAGGAGAGGCAAAGUGCAAAGCUGAAACGUGUGGUUCCUCCAGUAAACGGUCUGUCGUGUUCUCAGGUGCCGGGAGCUGUGGGAGAGGGGGCUGUGUCAGAACUCAGAGAUGUUAGUGCUCCCGCCGUGCAGUUGGAUUAUCACCCUGAGCUAAAGGAACAUUCCUCCAGUUGUCCUGCCCUUCUGCCAGAAUUGUCAUCGGGUGGUAAGGGAUGCCACGAGCCAGAAAGGGUAUCUAGAUUCAGAUUUAAUGGCUCUGAAACGUUUGGGGAAAAAUGCGUCGCUGGCAGCGAUAGCUCCCAAACGGUGACUGCUGGAGCGGAGGAAGCAGCCCCUGCGCUGUAUGACGCUGCACACCUGCAGGCACGGAGAGAGAGCGAUGGCAAACUAAAUAAUGAAGAACAGAAUCCAGAGUCGCUGGUGAAACCCUCUUCACACAAUGACUUCGGUUCCCAGAAUAGGCUAGAUACCUCUGAACAAGUGCAGCCGAGGGAGAGGUGCCCCAGAACAGAACCAGAAAGUGCACAUCAGCCUCUGAGAGAGACGCAAGAGUUCAAGGCAGACGGAGAUGAUGAAAUACAGAGUGUGCACAGUGAAACUACAGAUACCGCUUCAGAUUUUGAAGCCGACGAGAACGCAGAGAUGGAUAUAUGUUUCAGAAGUGUCAGCUGUCGGCAGGUGGCUGGGAAAGAUUCCUCCCGUCACAGCAGCAGGGAGAGUCGUGAUAGGAUUAGAUCAGCAUCCUCUGUGGAAGCGGAUAGUCUGGCCCGCGCUGUGGAUUUCCCUGCAGUCGCAGCGACGAGCACCCCGCCUCCAUCUCAGAGGUGGGGACCACCCGCCCCAUCGCCCCAGAAAGCCGAGCGGCCGGCGGGUUCUGCUCAGCCCGGACCCUCUGCUGAAACCAAGAACCCUUUGGUGAUGCAGCUGCUUAAGGGGAACCUUCCGGUGGAGGAAGUUCUCCCGGUGCCUCACACCAACAUCAAGCUGGAAAUUACUCAGCCGCUGCUGGACACGCAGUCAGAAAGCCUCUCCCUGCAACUGGAGAGAGGUAGCAGUUGCUUUUUUGGCAAAGAAUCUUCUCCAGAUGUAGGAAUGAAGACGAGCGCCCGCAGCAGGGGCGAGGACUUCCACUCAGUGAGAUCUUCUGUAGAUCCCCAGGAAGAGAAGCGUGGAGCAGGGGCAGCGCUGCCUCGGGCAGAGGCUGUGGAGGAUCGACCUAUUCCAGAAAAACAUUCCAAAGUUGGCUCGGCUUUAAGCUGCCAAGACCAACUGGCAAAUGUGGCAAGUGCCUCGCAGAAGCCUGAAGAUGCAGGCCCUCGGGAAAGAACAUUUUCUUCCUGUAGCUUUGAGGAGCAAAAGGAGUUGUCCAAGGCCCACCGGGUGCCACAGCACAGCCCGUUGGCAAGCGGUGUCACAAAUAAAAGUCCAGAGAAGUUGGACGCCGCGACGGAGCCUCAGUUUUUAUCUCCCACUGUAACUUCUCUGGGUCCAAACCAGACUGGAGGCGCAUCAGUCAAUAAAAAUUAUGUUGGAGUUCAAGGCAAAAAACUCUUUGGUUCUGGUUUUCCUUGCAACCCCAGUGUGAGACUACAUCACUCCAGGGCUUUGGAUCAAGCUCCGGCCAUGGGAACCUUGUCCCCCAGCAAACAGAUGCCUCCGAACAAGAGCUGUGCAUCAGGAGAAGGAGUGCCGGCUGCAAGGGAAGAAUGGACUUCAAAGCAGCACACCGACGCCCUGGGAGGAAUCAAAAAUGAGAAUGUGCUGGCGUGUGGCAGCCCAGCCAAGAGUAACGCGGAGAACCAGAAGGAUGCAGCACAAAACCCCGUGGAGCUGACUGAGCACUUGCGAAGUGUUCCGCUGGUUAUGGACUUGCCAUUUUUUAAGUUUUCAAGGGGACCAGGAAAAGGACAGAGUCACCCUUUGGAGCCUUCUUCCGUACCCUCCCAGCUCAAUAUCAAGCAGGCAUUUUAUGGGAAGCUUUCUAAGCUGCAGCUUAAUUCCGCCAGCUUUAAUUAUUCAUCCAACACUCCAGCUUUUCCCAGAAGUCUUGCUGGGAGCAUGAUGCAGCUAACCCACAAAGCGAACUUUGCUGCAAACCGUAACACGUCCCUUUCCGUGCAGAUGUUUGCCGACAGCGGCAGUGUUGACGAGAUCUCCUUCAAGUGCUCGUGCAGCCUUAAAGCCAUGAUCAUGUGUAAAGGCUGCGGGGCGUUUUGUCACGAUGACUGUAUAGGACCUUCUAAGCUUUGUGUAUUGUGCCUUGUGGUGAGAUAAUAAAUUAUGGCCAUGGGACAAAUUGUAUAUUCGGUGUGUGUAUUUUGAUAGCGACUGAUCCUAAGACCUGUACACAAAAUACUAUUCUGUUUAUAGUAGAAACGCUCUUACACUUUGUUUUGGUGAGGAAAGCUGACUUCCCUUCCCACUAAAAUCUCCAGCGCAAAACCCGUUCUUGCUCACGGUUCCACUCCAGUCUCGGUGGGCUGCGCCCCACGGGAGCCAUCCUCCUGCUUCGUGCUGUCGUGGAAAUACCGAUUGUGCUCUGGUACCCGUGCUGAGGCCGACGCCUGGGCGAGAGGCAGUUCGCUGCGGCGACCCGUGGACCCCCUGUCGAGGAGACCUUUACGUCCAAAGGAACUGGAACAGGGUGUUUUCUAUUUCAGGGCUGCGCGAGGUGAGGCCCUACAGUCUUCCACUCUUCCCCUCCCGCCACCUCCGUCCUCGGUUCGCGUGGGAGGCGCCGCUGCACAGCACGUGGGAGCAACGAGCUGCUCUGCCGGGCCGGCUCCGCGCGGGCUUGGGACGCUGCGUGGGGGCUGGUGCCCAGGGACGGGCCCCACGGGCGGCUGCAGAGCUGGAUACAGCUCCCCCCCCCUGCCCCAUCGCGGGUGGAGCCAACUCGGAGGAUGCAAGAAAGAAGAGAGGAAAAAAAAAAAAAAAUAUAAAGUGGCAGGUGCCAAGAGAACGCCUUCGGCUGGUGCGCAGGAAGAUGUGGGGCCCGGGGGCCUGGCUGCUGUGACGUGGGGCCCGGGGGGCCUGGCUGCUGUGACUGCUCGUGGCCGGCUGCCCCCAGCCAGCCCGGGGGACCGGGGAUGUGGCCAGCGGCCCCGGCGUCGCAGCCCUGCAGCGGGGACCUUAACGCGGCAGCAGCUGGCCGCUUGCGAGCGUCUGGCUGUGCGUCUGUGUGACCAUCACCUAACGUUUAAAGCAGUGGGGUUUUUUUCCUUUUAUUUUUAUAUUUUCAUUCUUGGAUGUAUAAAGUGAAUUAUUUGACUCCUGUAAGUAGCCUCUAUGCAUCUGUUUGAUCAUGUAUUUAUAUGUUGUACACAGUACUGGCCAACUCUGUAAAUGGAUGUAAUGUACAUAGAACAUAAAGGGUUCUUUUUUUUUUUUUUUUUUCCCCCCUUGGAUUUUCAGGCUCUACAGCAGUAUUGCAUUAAAUGGUGUUAGUUAUUAAUCUGCAUCUGUAGUCAGAGCCACUGUAUUCUCUCUUGCCUAACGUGAGGCUGGACAGGCAGCAGUGCCCCCCCCUGCCCUGGGGCUGGUGGUUCUCGCUGCUCCCGCCGAGCGAGCGCCAGUUGCGGCCGGAGCUGCGUUGCAGGGUGGCGAACAGCCUUGUGCAGCCAGAGAUUGAGGGCAAAAAUGGGACUCUUCCUCUUUGGAGCGAUGACUUCCCAAGAAAGAAUUGCUUCACUGAGGGCGGGGGUUAGCUGUUCUAUUUAAGCAGGCACGGGCGAGAGUUGGAGGGGGGUUAUUUUUAUUUUUUUCUUGUCCCUUUUCUAGCUCUAUCCUACCUCCCUUGACCAUGCACCUUCGGGGUUUUUUUUAACUGUGCAAGUCCCUGUUUGAGAUGCCGGCCUGAGGGCUGCAGCAGGUGUAGUCUCCCAACUGGUUUCUCCUUAAGGCUCGAGUUGUGGGAAGGGGGGAGCCGCCCGCGCACCCCGGGGUGCCCGCCCUGGGCGCUGGCAGAACCUGCUUACCAAAGAUGGGGAGCGGAGCUGGGGGGCCCGGCGCUGGGGGGCCCGGCGCUGCCUCCCUCGGGGCCACGGCCGUGUGCGCGGGUGGAAGCGGUCGGGUUCGCAGAGCCCUCCGGGGGGGGCCUGCCCCUGUAUGUCCCUUGUGCUGUUGGAAAAAUAAACACUCUGUAAAACCUGCA